AUGAGCGAGCAAUCCCUUGCCACUUCAAUUUGCUGUCUAGACAGGCUCGAUCUCUAUCGUAGAGAGAAGCCGUAUGAGCUCCGGUUUGACCCCCCGAAUGAAUUCCCACGGAAAAAUUUGCAGAUCUCACAACACCACGACAUUCGAGUAGAGGAUAUCAGAAAUCGCAAGGGAGACCUUUCGAUCGAGAAAAAUGGCUUCGUGGUGAUGGAUCUAGAAGACAUAAUGAGUGCGGAAAAGUUUGGCCACGGCGAUGCUGUCGAGUCACGAUACUUACCCCAGGUCGCUGAAUCUCUCAAAGAACGUCUGGGUGCCACCCGGGUUCAAAUUCAUGACUACCCCACUGUGGACAGAGUUUGGAAAUCGAUCGAGGGCCCCAUCAAGAAGUGGCCGUUGAUGAUGGUGGAUACAUCCACCGUUAACCCCGAACAUGACCUACAAGCCAGAGAUAUGGUCUACUACAAUGAUGUAGUCGAUACCAACCUCGUAUACAAAUCCGACGCUUACAAAUUCAUGUAUCUGAGCAACCAGAAGACCACCGAGGCAUGGGUUAUGUUGCAGUCUGACUCCAGAGGACUGACGGAUAUGGCCAUAAUAUUCCAGACUAAACCCCACCCCCAACUAAUUGAAGCAGGUUGUUCUUUUUAG